UCACCUCGUGGUUCCCACUUUUGCUCAGAUCUUUCAGGUCGCCAUAUUAACACAAGGAGAAAAAAUAUUAAAAAAAAAAAGAAAAACUAACGACAUUUGAAAAAAAAUAAUACAAUGGCAGACGUGGAAAAAGAGCCCGAGAAGACCAUAGCCGAGGAUUUGGUGGUUACCAAAUAUAAAUUGGCUGGCGAAAUCGUAAAUAAAAUCCUCAAAUCCCUGAUUGACUUGUGUGUGGUGGAUGCCUCAGUGCGAGACAUUUGCUCCAAGGGUGACCAACUGCUAACGGAGGAAACCGGCAAAGUUUACAAAAAGGAAAAGGACCUAAAGAAAGGCAUUGCCUUUCCCACCUGCCUUUCGGUUAAUAAUUGUGUCUGCCAUUUUUCCCCAGCCAAAAAUGAUACCGAUUAUUUACUAAAAUCGGGUGAUGUGGUGAAAAUCGAUCUGGGCGCUCAUAUUGAUGGUUUCAUUGCUGUUGCCGCUCAUACAAUUGUUGUGGGUAAAAAUGAUAAGAUCACCGGUCGUCAGGCUGAUGUCAUUUUGGCAGCCUAUUGGGCUGUUCAAGCUGCACUGCGUCUGCUUAAAUCGGGUGCCAAUAACUAUUCUAUUACCGAUGCCGUACAACAAAUCAGCGAAUCAUACAAGUGCAAACCCAUUGAAGGUAUGCUUAGUCAUGAGCUGAAACAAUUCAAAAUUGAUGGUGAGAAGACAAUCAUACAGAAUCCUAGCGAGGCGCAGCGUAAAGAGCAUGAGAAAUGCACAUUUGAGACGCAUGAAGUAUAUGCCAUCGAUGUUAUCGUUAGCAGCGGCGAAGGAGUGGGUCGCGAAAAGGACACAAAGGUUUCGAUAUACAAAAAAUCUGAUGAGAACUAUAUGCUUAAAUUGAAGGCAUCUCGUGCUCUCCUGGCCGAGGUUAAAACAAAAUAUGGUAAUAUGCCUUUCAAUAUACGCAGUUUCGAGGAGGAGACCAAGGCACGCAUGGGCGUUGUUGAAUGCGUCUCCCACAAGAUGAUUGAACCCUUCCAAGUCCUGUACGAAAAGCCUUCUGAGGUUGUUGCCCAAUUUAAGCACACAGUUCUACUGAUGCCCAAUGGGGUGAAUCUUGUAACCGGCAUACCUUUCAAUGUGGAAAAUUACGUAAGUGAGCACAGCAUUGCUCAGGAGGAGCUUAAGGAAUUGGUCACGCAGCCACUGGGACCAGUAAAAGGUAAAGGCAAGGGUAAGAAGGGAGCCGCUGCAGCUGCAGCUGCUGCUGGAGCCACUGGAGCUGGAGCUACAAAAGUGGAAUCGGCGCCGGCCGUUGAGACCAAGGCAUAAAUAUCAUAUUUCUAGUUGGUCUAGAAAUCUGAUAAUCUAUCUGAUCUGAUCCCCUCCCCUUCCCUCCCUCUACACACACACACACACACCCCCAGACAUGCUAAAUAAACAUUUUUUGUGAACAAUUGCGCUGCCUACUGCUGCCGCCUUUCUAAAAAUAGAUUUUUACUAUCGCGAAAUCGCGUAGAGUAAAUGAUCCAUCCAACAAUAGAAGAAAAAAAGCAAAUAAAAUAACAUUUCCUCAGACGCCCUAUCAUAUUCUCUCUUCCCUCCACCCCCCCACAUCCAUCUAAGCAAAAAGGAAAAGAGAAAUCAAAUCUUUACUUCAUUAAUUGACAAUAUUUUUUGUUUGUAUAAUUCCAUAAUUGAUAUGGAAUUUUAUUUUUGGAAAAAUUGAAUAGAAGACAAAAAAAAGGUCCGGAAAAGUUCGUAAAAUUAUCCGUUUCUUUUUAAUUUUUUUUCUAUUUACUUUACCUAAUUUAAGCGUUUGUCCAUAUUAAAAACAUAAAAACAAAACAACAACAAAAAUCGCAACGAGAAAUGCCACAAAAAGAGCAAGAACUGUCGUCGAACUGUAAAAUUUUUAACACUUAAUCUUAAAAUUACGCUGCGUAGUAGGUAUUAAAUAAAAUUAACAUUUUCUAUAAAAAGAAACCUGAAA